AUGGAUCCUCUCCCUGUUCCACAUGAGUGGUACCAGCCUGGAGAUUUCCUUAUUGGUGGAGUUCUUACUCAGAUAGGUUACCAUUUGCAUGAAAUUGACUUCAGUCGACAUCCUUCUGAGGAGUUGUAUAAAGAUCCAUAUAUGCUGACAAAGUUCCACCAGCAUGUCCUGGCCAUGGUGUUUGCCAUAAAUGAGAUCAACAAAAAUCCCCAGAUCUUGCCCAACAUCACUCUUGGGUUCCACAUCUACGACAGCUACCAUGAUAUGAGGAUGACCUAUCGCACCACCUUUGAUCUGCUCUAUAAAUUGCACCGUUAUUUUCCAAACUACCAAUGUUGUUCCCACAAAAGCUUAACAGCUGUCAUCGGCAGUCUGAGCUCUGAUACCUCUUUCCUCAUGGCAGACAUCCUUAGUGUCUACAAGAUUCCACAGAUCACUUGUGGCUUAUUUGUCCCAGAAGAGAGAGAAGUUAAACAGUCCUCAUCCAUUUAUUUCAUUGGCCCAAGUGAAGAAUAUCUGAAUAAGGGAGUCAUCUGGCUACUUCUCCAUUUCCACUGGAUGUGGGUCGGGCUUUUCUUGGUGGAUGAUGACAAUGGAGAACGUUUCUUGAAUGUCCUAGAGCCGCUGCUUUCCCAAAAUGGAAUCUGUUUGGCUUUGAUACAGAAAAUUCCAAGCAAAUACAACUGGAAUGAUAUGGAUUAUGUCACUGAUGUAUUUUUAACCACAUAUUUACCUUUUAGAGAAAGCACAGCUAACACGUUUAUCUUCUAUGGAGACUCAGUUGCCCUUACAAUACUUAACACCCUUAUUUUUCUGGGCAAUCCCAGUUAUAAGGAAAAUGCAUCAUUGAGAAAAGUGUGGAUUAUGACAUCUCAAAUUGAUUUUGCACUAAGCAGCCUUCAAAGGGCCUGGGAUUUUGAGUUUUUCCAUGGGACCAUUUCCUUCUCUAUUCCUUCAAUUGAGCCUCAGGGCUUCCAGAACUUUCUUCAGGACAUAAAACCUUAUAAAAAACAAGGAGAUGGCUUUCUCAAGGAAUUCUGGGAGCAAGCAUUUGACUGUUUCUAUCCAAAUUCACAGGAGCUAGUGGACAUCAGUGACACCUGUACUGGAGAGGAGAGACUAGAGAGCCUUCCUGGGUCUCUCUUUGAGAUGUGUAUGACUGCUCACAGCUACAGCAUCUACAAUGCAGUUUAUGGCAUAGCACAUGCCAUUCAUGUCCUGUACUUAUUCAGAUCCAAUGACAAGGCAAUGGAUGGUAAUCAAAGAGUGGAACUUGAAGAUCUCCAGCCUUGGCAGAUCCACUCCUUUCUACAAGGCAUUAUAUUUAACAACUCAGCUGGAGAAAGAUUGUCUUUUAAUGAUAAAAGGGAGAAAGGAGAUGGAUUUGAUAUAAUGAACCUGGUCACAUUCCCCAACAAGUCCUUCCAUAGGCUGAAAAUUGGAACAGUAAACCCCGAUGCUCCUGAAGGACAAGAGUUCAUAAUUCAUGAGAAUAUGAUUGUGUGGCAAUCCAUUUUUAACCAGGUGGUGCCUCUCUCUGUGUGUAAUGAUCCCUGCAACCCUGGCUAUCGUAAGAAAAAGAAGGAAGGGGAGAAAUUUUGUUGCUACAGUUGUGCUCCUUGCCCAGAAGGGAAGAUUUCAAGUCGAAAGGAUGCCGAUGAUUGCAUCAAAUGUCAAAAUGAUCAAUAUCCAACUAAGGACCAAGAUGGCUGCAUUCCCAAAAAAAUAAGCUUUCUGUCUUUUGAAGAACCUUUGGGAAUUAGUUUGGUUUCCAUAGCUAUUUCUUUAGCUCUGAUCACAGCCGUUGUGUUAUGUACUUUCAUUAAGCACAAAGACACCCCCAUUGUCAAAGCCAACAACCGGGACAUCACCUACAUCCUUCUCAUCACUCUCUUGCUCUGCUUCCUCUCUUCUUUACUGUUCCUUGGACAUCCAAAAAAGGUGACCUGCUUCCUCCGACAAUCUGCUUUCAGCAUCAUCUUCUCAGUGGCUGUUUCUUGUGUCUUGGCCAAAACCAUCACUGUGGUUGUAGCUUUCAUGGCCACCAGACCAGGGUCCAGCACAAGGAAGUGGGUAGGGAAAAGACUGGCCAACUCAGUUGUCCUUUCCUGCUCCUUUGUUCAAGCAGGCAUUUGUGUGGUGUGGCUGGCAACCUCACCCCCAUUCCCAGAUUUGGACUCAUUGUCACUGACUGAAGAGAUCGUAGCAGAAUGUAAUGAAGGGUCUGUCCUCAUGUUUUAUAUUGUUCUGGGCUAUUUGGGACUUCUGUCCAUCAUCAGCUUGGCUGUGGCUUUCCUAGCCAGGAAGUUGCCUGACAGUUUUAAUGAAGCCAAGUUCAUCACCUUCAGCAUGUUGAUAUUUUGCAGUGUUUGGUUGUCUUUUGUUCCAACCUAUGUGAGCAUCAAAGGGAAAUACAUGGUAGCUGUGGAGAUCUUUUCUAUCUUGAUGUCCAGUGCUGGACUGCUCAGCUGUAUCUUUUCCCCUAAAUACUACCUUAUUGUGUUGAGACCUGAGCUGAACAGGAGAGAAGAACUAAUAAGGAGAAAAAAAUAG